AUGUCGAAGGACACUACCCCCAACCCCGUCCGCACGAAGUCCACCCGACGAAGCCCCGUCAUCCCCGUCUCCCUAACCGAAGCCUCCCUCGACUCCCCGACAUUUCGUACUACCACCGUCCACUUUGCCGACCAGGUGGACGGUAUCGAACGCUGGCUCGAUGGUUACGUCAGAUCCACCUCCAAGCUCGCCCAAGACGUCAUCAGCCUCGAAGAAUCCAUCAACUCCUAUCUCCGACAACUCAUACCUACCCAGGCCGUCGCCGACACGGUCAUCGAUAACGAAUACACCCAGCUCGCACUAAAGAGGGUCGGAGAUGGCGCCCGCGAUUACUGGACGCAGAUCCAGGCCCUGGCACGGCGUAUGGAUGUCAUCGCUGUCGAACCCAUCAAGUUAUUCCUCCAGAAUGAUCUAAGGGCAUUCAAAGACGCUAGGAGGACCAUGGAUAAUGCACAGAAGGCAUUUGAUACUACGCUGGCGAGAUACCUGUCAAUGCCGAAGACGAAGGAGCCCUCCUCUUUGAGGGAGGAUGCAUUUGCCGUGUUUGAGACUCGGAAAGUGUAUCUUAAAUCCUCGCUAGACUUUUGCCAGCUUGCUCCCCAGCUGCGGUAUUCUCUAGAUAGACUGCUCGUCCGCAUCUCUUCUGACCUGUGGGGUGCUCUGAGACAACACCGCGGGACGGCUACGAAUUCCGCCAAGUGGAACACGGAGAUCGAUCGUAUCCGGGGCUGGUGCAAGGAUAUGGAGUCUUCAGAAGCCGUUUUCAAAAGAGAACUACAUCUAGCGAGACGGGAGAUUGGGGAAGCCACGCUGCUAUCAAUACGACCGUCCCGAGACCUCGAGAGUUAUAGCUCCUCGACCGUUGCAUUCCUGAGCUCGAGGGGCCCGUCCUCCGCGAACGCCCCGAAGGAGGGUGAACCUGUCAUCUCCGAGUGCCAAGGUUGGCUGUUCUUCAAAAUACUGGCUGGGAAACCCGUGAGAACGUCGUGGACCCGUCGCUGGUUCUACUGCCGUGACGGCAUAUUUGGCUGGCUUGUUCAGGCACCCCACGGCGUGCUCCAAGGUGAUGAGAUUGGCGUCCUCCUGUGCAAUGCUAAGCCCGCGGUGGGAGAAGAUCGUCGCUUCUGCUUCCAGGUCAAGACCAAGAGCCAGACGAUGAUUCUCCAAGCCGAGACGCAGGGAGAGCUCUCGGACUGGCUGGAGGUGUUUGAGGUUGCGAAGAAGCGUGCUUUCGAGGCUAGCGUGGGCAAGAGCGGUACCUCUACGCCGAGCUCGGCUUUCUCGAUCACGCCGCCAAAUAUUCCCGAAUUCUCAGCCAAGGUGCUUGAUGCUAUCAUGCCGGGUGAAGAUGGUGCGGCUGGUGCGCUUGUUGUCCCGAACGAGAACCUGAACCUGGCGCAACGGUCGAGCUUCGACGUCAACGCCCCUGCUCGCCGGUCCAUCUCCAAUCUUGGCCGGGAGUUGGCGAGGGAAGAUGGCGAAAGUAACAGAGAACAUGCCGCUCGAAUCAUUCAAAAGUUGGACCUGCACAGAAAGGCCACUUUCGGCGCUGCUGCCGAAUCUCCUCAAUCCGGUGCAGGCCCGGCCGGUGGGAUUGCAAGCCUCAUCUCAGCUAGCCACACUUUCUUGCCAGGCUACAGCAGCGUUGUGCCUCGAUCCGCUCCAGUGGGAGGUCUUGCCGGUCUUGAUAUCCCACCGGGUAGUCUGGCGCCGCCCUAUCUCGCGCCUCCGCCGAUCGCGACCAAUCUUAGCAGGUUUGCGGUGACGGUGACGGCCGAACGCGGUUUGACACCUGACAUUUCCCGCGCCAUGUCGACGGCGGUCAUGGCAAACUACUGGGGCAGCAACCCUUGGAGCUCCGUUUACACAACCACUAAUGUCAAUUACCACAGGCUCACCAACGCGGAUGCUCAACAAGCAGCCGCCAUGCGUCGAGGAAGCAGCUUCAGGAACGACAAGUCCACCGGAGGGGGAGACGUGAACCCGCCCUCGGGGCCGCAUCACCCCGACCGACGACUUCCUGAAUGGUUCCCACCGGGCUACCCUCCAGAGCUCAAGGCGCAACAUGCCCAGUUCAGGCUGCUCUUCCCCAACGUUCCCAUGGAAGAGAAGCUGGUUCUUGUUUUCCGAGCAACGUGGACGAGCUCUGGCGAAAGGGGAUUCGAAGGGCCAACGCUCGCGGGCAAUGGGCGUAUCUACGUUACGCCCGACAAUAUGUACUUCUAUGGCCAGCAGCUCGGCCUAGUCGUUGCGUACUCUAUCGGCCUGGACUUUAUCGCAGAAGUGACGGCGAACCCCGGACGAGACUGCGAUUUUAUUGUCCUUCGACUCAGCCAGGAUUUUAACGAUACCGGUCUGACCCGAAUCACUAUUAAGACGUUCCUCGAGGACGUUCGUCUUCUACAUGCCCGCCUGAACCUCCUCGUCGAUGAUUUGCAGGCCGAGGAACCUAUGGAGGUGAGCGAGAUUGUCACGCAGCUCAUCUGCCUCGAGAAGGACGAGCACGAAAAGAGGAGCCCAAGUAUGGAUAGCUGGGAGGACGUGGGAUUCGACAGCCCCGUGGCUGAGAAUCAUCCCUUGCCAAGGCGACCUCAUCAAAUCGCUGAUAACAACGCCCGACCCUGUCUUACGCGACACCGACUGAGGAGCAAGGUGCAUCUUCCGACGGCACCAGUCAUUUACGAGCCCGAUGACAUGAAGCUAAAAGUGGCCGAGCGGCACUUCGAGAUUGGUGCGAAGUCGUGCUUCCACAUCCUAUUUGGCGACAAGAGCUUCCUUUUCCCGAAGCUCUAUUUCGAUCGAAACGCCCGAGACAUCGUCCAGGGGCCGUGGGUUCUGGCCGAUCACGGACGCAUGAAGCGCGAAUUCACCUUCAAGGCCGACUCAGUCGACAUGCUCGGCCGCUCCAAGACAUGCAACGUGACGGAUUUCCAAACGAUCGACAUCCACCGCGACCACGUCACCUACGAAGUCACGCACGUAAAGCGGGCGUGGCACCUGCCGCACUCGCAGUACUUCAAAGUCGUCACCAAGAUCGUCAUCACGCACAUCGCCAAGUCCAAGUGCAAGCUCGCCAUCUACAUCAAGACGGAGUGGAAGACUUUCCCGAGCUUCUCAAAGAGCAUCGUCGAGCGCCAGGCCCUCAACGACGCUGAGGCCGACGCCGAGGAGCUCGCCGAAGCCGCCACCGAUCAGGUCCGUCGUCUCGGCCCCCGCAGCCGCACCAAGCGCGCCAUCCAGGUCUACGGUCACAUCGGCCAGGAGACGCAGCCCGUCCCCUUCACUCCGGCGCAUGCCGACUCGGCGAAGAAGCAGGCCGUGCAGCCGCGCACGUUGACGGAAAUGGUGUACGAGACGCUCAAGUCGCUGACGCAGAGCGCGGUGACGUCAAUCCUCAUGUGGGCCUUUGCCGCCUUGCGCGUCUUGCUGCGCGUGUUCACGGCGCAUCGCGUCAUCUUGGUCGUCACGGGCUUCAGCUUGCUGGCGAACUUGUUCUUGACGUCCUUGGAGGGUUCGGCGUGGUGGAGGGAGCGGAGCGCUACGAGGUUCUUGGCGAGGUUGGGGGUUGGACCUAAUGUUAUGAUGAGCAAGGCGGUGUAUAUUGCGGAUUUGGAGAGUGUUCAGGGGACGAUGCCGGCCAACAUUUCCUGGGCCGAGGAGGGUAGCGUGUGCUUCUCGGCCUUCCAAGCAAUCAGCGACGCCACAAGCCUCGACGGCCCCUACCAAGACGCCGGCUCCCACCUCUCCGCCGCCUCAUCCCGCGCCACGGCCCAGCGUCUCCGGCGCAUGCGUCAGCGUCUCGGAGCCUACCGCCACGACCUGCUCGUGGCCAUGCGCAUCGUCAACAGUGUCGAGCGCGAGAUGUUGCAGUCCGAGUGGGAGAAUUGGCUAGUGGAUGAGAAUUCUAGGUGUGAGCAGUUGCGGUCCAUGUUGAAGGCGGGUGGCAGUGGUGGUGGUGCUAGCGGCGCGGGAGAGGAGAAGAAGGAUGGUGACGGGGAGGGGGAGAAGAGGAGGAGGGAGAGGGCGAAGGCUUGGGUGGAGGGGUAUUGUGGGAGUUGUUGGAGGGAUAUGGGGGUUUUGAGGGAGGAGAAGAGGUUGGCUUUUUGA